CUUCCCGCCGUCCGCCCCCGCCAUUGGCGGGCCGUUUGAAUGGCGGAAGUGACGAGAACCUGGCGAUGGUCGUCCCGCAGGGGCCCAAACGGCUGCUGGGUAGCAGGCCGCCUGUGGACGCCCGUGUGCCGUGAGGUCCAACUGCACACGCUGCCAGAUCCUUUGAAUUUAAAAUACACAGAAAUGAAAAGAAAGGUAAUGAACACUGGGAAGCUGAGAUUGAGUCCUAAUGAGGAAGCCUUCAUUUUGAAGGAAGAUUAUGAAAGAAGACGGAAACUAAGAUUACUUCAGGUUCGAGAACAAGAAAAGGGUAUUGCCUUCCAGAAAAGAGAAGACAUAAAACAGAGGAAAAGUCAGCAGUUUUCGCGUUUGGCUGAGGAGCUAAAAGCAGAAUGGGAAAAAGCACAAAUCCAGAAAAUACAGAACUUGGAAAAAUUGUAUUUGGCAAGUUUAAGACAUAUGGGAGAGGGACAUCGACAGGCGAAAGAAAAUGAACCUGAUUUGGAUGCUCUGGCUCAGCGGACAGCAGAAAGAAAAAGAAAAGCUGAAAUGAGGCAUAAAGAAGCCCUUAAAGUGCAGAAAAAUCAAAAAGAAAUGUUAAUGAAACAGAAAACCAGGCACAUAAAAACCCGAAAGGAAGCUUUGCUUGUGGAAAAAGAGAGAUCAGCUAAAGUGGCCAGGCUGCCACCUCCUGUUCCAGCCCCUUUUGAGAACAUUGAAAUAAACAGAAUUCCUUCCUUGAAAACCAAUAGUUGCACCUAUCAUCACAUUUCUACUUUUGUGAAUAGACAGAUGGGCACAAAGCAGCCAGAUGCUCAUUUGGCUGCUGAAGAAGAAGCUAGACGAUUGGAAGGACUUCGGAAGCAGGCGGCACAGGAGAGAAGGGAGCAGCUUGAAAGGGCGCAUGCGCGGGGAUCCCAAGCCAUGAAGAAGAUCCACCUGACCCAAACCCAAGAGAGACUAUUGGAAGAACUCAAACAGCUGCAAAAAGAGGACCUGGCACGUAGGAGACAGACAGUGGCACAAAUGCCCCCACAACUAGUUGAACUGCCAUACAGACGCGGCGAGGUGAAAGAAGACUGGCAUCGAGAGCUGGAGUUCGCUUUUGAAGAUAUGUACAAUGCAGACAGGAAGGUGAAAGGAAACCUGAUUUUGCAUCUUAAGCCAGAGCCUUUUCCUGCCAUGUCUGAUCAGCUCCGGGAUGAAGAACUGGACCUUUCAAUGGAACUAGAAAAUCGAGGUGAAAAGAAGAACUCUCAAGUGCCAGACACUGAAAUAAUACAUUCUAGUGGAAGAGUACCCUUUGGAAGGAAGACCCAACAAAUCCCCUCAAGAAUUCUUUUUAAAAGAUUGUUAAAUAAGAUUCGAAGCCAAAAAUCUCUCUGGACAAUUAAAUCUGUGUCUGAGGAUGAAAGUGAAAUAACUACGACCAUCAGUGAGGUUGAGAGUAAAGCACCAACCAUGGAAUCGGGAGCCAUGGUCCUUGAGGAAGGAACACUGUCCUCCGAGCAGGAACAAGUCAUGGACAGUGAUAGACUGACGAUUGAAUCUGAACCACUGAGUAGUGAAGAUAAGCCAUUUUUCUGCCAAGGAGAUGCUGGAAAGGAACAAGCAGUUGUUGCAUUUCCACCCAUCACAGAUGUGGCUCAGAGUUCAGUACUGCUUCAUCCUCAGGAAGAAGCAGUCAGAAUUCGAGUGUCAGCAAGACACAAACAGAUAAUGGAGAUAGAAAAGCAGAAGAAGAAGCAGUUGGAAUUACUUGAACAAAUUGAGCAACAGAAGUUAAGGUUAGAAACUGAUUGUUUUCGGGCUGAAAUGGAAGAAGAAGAAGAAAGAAAGAAAACGCAACAGUUUGAGGUUUGCCCUGCUCCAGUAUCACAUACUCUGAUUUCUGGUGAAGACAGUCACAGGCAGAUGAUACGUAACUAUCAACAUCAGCUUUUACAACAAAACAGGUUAAACAAGCAGUCUGUUGAAACUGCCAGGAAACGAUUACUCGAAUACCAAACUGUAUUAAAGGAAAGAUACCCAUCCAUGUCAUCCAUAUCACUGAUACCUGAUUCUAUUAUAUCAGGACCACCACAGAAAUCACAAAAGCCUGCUGCUGCAUCAGAGCAUUGGGAUCUAUGUCAGAGACUGAAGCUGAGUCCUAACAAAUAUCAACCUGUGCAAUCCUCACAGAUACCUGAAUUAGAUCAAAGUCAUAUUCAGGCACUAAGACAGGGUCACUUUCCACAGAGGCAAGGAGAAACGGGAGCAUCAGAGAUUCUAACCAAGCAGUCUGUGGGGUCACAGGAACAUCUACAGAAAUUCUCUCAUGUGGAAGCACAUCAGAGAGACUAUGAAUUUGUCCCUAAAUAUUCUCAUGCACUUUCAAGAACUGUGUCUUAUGAUAGGCCACAAACAUUACAGGAUGCUGGAGAAGUAUCUAAACCACUGACGACAAUAACUUAUCAGACUUUAGAAUCCCAACAGAUAUCAUCAGAAGAUAGUGAAGCUAUAUCUUCUAAACCAACUGAGUCUUCUUCAUUUCUCCCACUCGUGCCUGAACGUUCUUUUACUACUCUCCCAGUUCAACUUGAAUCUGGAAAAGUUCAGGAACCCUUUACAACCAUAAGCAAAAGUAGAGUUUCCAUAAACCAGUCUGUAAUCAGUCAGAUGCAUGAUCAGCCUUUGUCAUCCUCAGAUACAAUCACCGCCCAGCAGGAUAACUUAAAGUUUCUCCAAAAACAUUUAGAACUGCAGAAGGAAGCUCUUCAAGCAAGACAAGAGGCUCAGGAAAAGCUGGCUUUUUGCACACAAAAAGAACUGAAAAAACAGGCUGGUCUUCCAGUAUUCAUCCCAUCAUCGGAUGGAGAUUUAUUUACUUCACUGCCAUCUGAAACAGGAAAAAUCCAGACAUUUUCAACAGAAAGUGAUGCCACUGUUUCCUCAGGCAAUAUGGACAAACUUUGGGGUUUUUCACAACCUGUCUUAUCACAGCAAACUAAUUUAGAAUUUCCCCAAGAACAGAUGAGUGUUCAGAAGGACAACCUUCAGGCUAGGCGGGAAGCCCAGGAAGUCUUGUUGGCACAUAAACAGAGUAAACUGGAUGACAUUGUACAUUCUGAGCAGGCUAGGCACUCUUGGCCACAUCAGGUGGCUCAGCAGUCAUUUAGUCCAUUAAUAGUGACUGAUAGACUAUUUAGAAAAAUCCAGGAACAGCCUUUACCUACAAACAAGAAAGGGCUUCUCCCAAGCCAGUCUGAAAUCUCAAGAUCUCAGGAUGGGUCUUCAAGUUCUCUACAGCAGAUCCUACCUCUACACAAUAGUUUAAAGUUGCUGCAAGAACGGCUGGCUACACAGAGGGAUGCAAUUCAGACUAGAGAUGAAGCUCAAGAGGAAUCGCUUUUACAUAAAGAAAGAAGUUUUGGAGACAGGAUGUCUGAGCCAGUAAAUUCACUUUCCUCAGUGGUUCCUCAGCAUUCAGAUGCUUCUUGUGCAGUUUCAGAACCUGGGCCUAAGAAGUCCUGGGAACUGCAUUCAUUUGAGGAGAAUAUAGUUCCCUCUAGUCAUUUGAUCACCCCAGCACUGGAGGAGGAGUCCCUUGGCUUUCCACAGCACAACUUGCCAAGACAAGAACAUUUUAUAACACCCCAGGAACAGGCACACAUUCAGAGGGUUAUACUUGGUGCCAGAAAAGAAACUAUGGAAUAUGCACACAAAGAAAACGAAUUAGAAAAAGGACUUAGUUCUCAACAAACUGGUACCUUAUCUUCUUCAUCCCAGGUAGCUGAAUGGGAAAGAUGCCAGGAGUUCUUAUCAGUUAAGAGUGAUAAUACAGGGCCCUUAAGCCUUAAGAUUCCAGGAUUUCGGGAAAGGCUGGUUAGAUUUUCACAACAUACAUUCCCUCUGCAAAAUAAUUUGCAGGAACACCAAGAAUGGGUAAAUACAGAAAAAGAGAGUUUUCAGCUUAGUCCUCAAACUCAGGAAAAUUCAUCUUCUCAACAGACAGGCUUUUCUUCCUUCAUACCCUCAUUAGGACCGUCAUCGUGUGUGUCCUUGCCUUCUGCUGACUCAGGCACAACAACAGAGAGCAAUAGUAAAGUAAAAUCAAUCCAUCUUCAGAUGCCAGAAUUGCAGGAUAGACUUUUAAAGAUAUCUCAACUUAUCCAGCCUCAGCAAGACAGUUUGAAGACCCUUCAAAAACAAUUGGCUGUUCAAAGGGAAGCCAUCAUCCAGUCUAGACAAGAAGCUCAUGAACAAACACUAAGAGAAUGGAAGAAAACAGUAUUUCCAAAGCAGCCUAGUUCAUCUUCUCCCCUGACACCUCAGCAUUCACUUGCUUCAUUCCCUCUUUCUGACUCUGAAAGAACACAAGAACUCUGUUCAACCAUCAGUGAUGAUGCAGUAUCUUCAGGUUCUGAGAUGCUGGGUUUGCCUGACAGGGCAUUGGGUUUAUCACAUACUGCUUUAUUUCAGCAGAAUAAUCUGGCUGCACAUCCAGAACACCUCCAUGCACAAACAACUUCCUUUCAUUCUACUGAGAAACCACAGGAAGAGAUGGUGUUUCCUAGACCAUGUGAACUUUUUAUCCAACCUUAUCAUGGUGACCUGAAGACACUUAAGCAGCAGUUAGAUGUACAAAGGAAAGCCCUUAGAUCUGGCCAGGAAGUACAAGAGGAACUACUUUUGCAAAGGUUAACUAAAUUGGAGCAAAGGGUAUCUUCCUCUUCAUUCUCACCACAGGUAGCACUACCUGUUGCCAACUCUGAAGGGACCCAACAGUCUUUCCCAACCCAAAGUGAUGAUACACAGAUACCCAACUCCCGUGGUGAGUAUCUGAGCUUUUCACAGCCCCUUCUAUCUCAGCAGGAUAAGCUGGCAAUGCAGAUGGACUUAGAAAUGGUAUUUCAUAAAGAACUGCUUUUACACAAACAAAACAGCCAGAACAAAAGUGACUCUCUUGAGCAUGCUACCCCUGCUUUGUUUCUCUCCAAGGAAACAGAACAUCCAUUCAUUCCAUUACCUUUUGCAGAAGCUAAAUCUAAAAGCAUUUGUGAUUUGUACUUGCCUAAAAAGGAGCAUGAAGCUCCUUCUAGUGAUGCUGGGAUCCCAAGAUUGCAGGACAGACUUUUGAAUUACUCACAGUCUGUCUUAACCCAGCAAGACAACAUGAGUCUUCAGAAGCAGUUGAAUCUACAAAGAGAAGCUCUGCAUUUUAGGCAAAGAGCCCAAGAAGAAUUACUUGUUCAGAGACAGACAGCCUUGCAGCAGCAAAUCGAAAAACACAGAGAGACUGUGAAAGAUUUCUUGAAUGUUAGUCAGGCAAGGAUGUCCACAGGUGAGAAUGACUUGAAAAUGCAAGGCCCUGCCUGGGGAAACUCUGAUCAGGAGAGCUCUACUGGUGAGAGUCUGGGCAAAGAACUGAGUGGUAGAGCCUCUAAACCACCUGUCUCCAAAGUGAAGUGUGGUUUGGACUUAAACCAGCAUGAGCUUAGUACUAUACAGGAGGUGGAGUCACCAGCAAGUGGCAGGACUUCCAUGCCAGGUAAAUCAGAUUUUUAUCAAGACCGAGACCCCUUAAGGGUCUCAGUAAGCAGAGAACAAAGUUUUCUGGGGAGUCCAUUGGCACGUGAUCCAUUUGGUUGUCACCAACCACCUGCCCAGAACAGCAGCAGCCAUGACUAUGAUGAAGCAGUUGAAGUUGAGGAAUCUGAUGUUGAGGAUCAUGCGAUAUUGAGUCAUGCCGUCUCAGAAGCGUGUACAUCUCUGGGUCCAAUUGUGAAGCCAGAUGAUAAGGCUGAAACACAAGAGAUUUCUCAGGAGCCAUUAUCUUCAGUAACUGUUUCUACUGGAAGCUUAAGUUAUGAAAUCACCGAUUUGAGCCUUACAGAUCCAGAGUCAUUUUCGGAUCAGACGGACCAUCAGGAACAGCAAUCUACUAGAAAACAAGAAGAGACUUCUUUCAGUUGUGUAAUUCCUUCAACACCUGUUACUUAUCAGCAGCUGCACUCCUUAGGUGCUAAUGAAUCUCUGUUGCCCAUGGAGGAAGAAAGGGCAUCUGAUCACACACAUGCUCAGCAGAUCAUAGACAAGGAUAUAAAUAAAGCAAAUUUGAUACCUGAAAAAAGAGACUUGCAGGUUCCAGCUGUGGACCUUGAUUUUCCAGAAUUGGAACAUGUAUUUCCACACUUGCACCGUCAGCUCUUUAAACCCUUAGAACCAUAUCUGGAUUUUGACUUAUCGUUAUCCUCUGGGAUUUCUCAAGACAACAGAGACUUUUAUGAGCAGAGCUCCGAAUCUCCAUCUAGAAAACACCAUGUUAAGGCAUUCCCUGUAAGCACAGCUAGUUUCACAGAACUGAAGGCAAGUUUGCAACCUGCUGGUAACCCUGCUCAGAGUUUUGCUGCUGAGGGAUCUGAACAAUCUUUUCAACAGCUUCUACCAGAAUUCUCUUCACAGGAAAGCCAACAUGCUGAUUUACCAAGUAUUUAUAGCAUUGAAGCAAGAGGUACUUCCCAGAGCAUGGAAAACUCCAGCUAUUCUGAGCAGACUGAAACACUACAAAGUAAGAAAAAAAGUGUUCAUUUUCAGUCUUCGACAGAGAAUUUGAGUUCAGUCUACAAUUCAUCUGAUCAGCCACAACUGCCCCACAGCAUUCCAUGUGGUUCUACCUCUAGUGAGUGCUCAGUAAAACCAUUAGGAAGCCGAAAAGAAAUGCUGGGCUUUGAAGAGCUGUCAAGAAAAGUGGUUACAGGGUCACAAAGCCAAAGACUUGCUGAAGAUGAAAAUGUGGAAGAAACCAACUCAGUUCAGGGGUCUCAUUCAUUAAGCAUUGAAAAUGAAAAGUCUGUUCAGGACAUAAUUAAAACCGAAACUACCAAAGUUGUAAGACAACUGUCUCAGCUACCACAAGCACAGCACAUCAUGAAUUCUAAGUCAUUUUCAUUUCAGAGCUCUAUUCCAGUCUGGGAAACAGAAUCUGGCUAUGGUAUAAUGGAAGAACCAGAUCUCACUCUAAGCACCAGCGAUAUCAGCACCACUGAAACAGACCUUGCAAACUUAACUCUUGAAGAAAAAGACAGUGAAGCACAGAGCAGUUUCCAGGCAGGUGCUUCUCUGCCUCCUCUACCAGAAACCUCUGGGUAUGAAGCUGUAUCACCUCAAGUGGCACCUUUAGCCACACUCAUGAAAAGGAAAAAGGCAUUUGUGGAACGAUCCUACCAAAGACAGAGAGAGAUGCGAAAUAAAACUCAACAACUCCCUCAAACAGGUUCAUCGCUGAGCUGCCUGAAGGGUGUAUCUCUCCCAGAAGACAGAAAGACCACACAAGCCCUCAUGCACCAAAGGGCACUAAAAUUAUAUAAACAGUUGUCUGAGGUAAAACAGCAGAGAAGAGAAAGCAAAGCUCUGUGCAAAAUUUCAUAAGGUGAGCAAUAACCAGUUUUUCACCCUCAAAGGUACUAUUUUCAAAUAGCUAAAUCUAAUUCUCAUUCCUUCUACAGAAACUUCGAGCCAAAAAUACACGCUGACUUCCUACAAACUGUGUCAAAGUGGGUUUUCUUUUUAGUUUAAUGUAUAAAACUAGACAGAUUUAUUUAUUAAUAAAAUUUUAUUUAAAGGGG